UGUACUUAGUCGUCAAGUCUUUUUUUAGACAGUACGCAAGCCGUAUUUUGGACAUUUAAACAAAGCUGAAUAACAAAUCAAACUAAAGGAAGACGACCCCGCGGGGAUUUUCUGAAAACGAAAAUCCAGAGCGGGAGGAAAUGGGAGAGAAAUUCCGAGAGGCCGCUCGAGUUGUGGCCAAAACAGGGCUUUUGUUUUAAGGGAGGACUGUUCUCCUGUCAUUUCUCUCUCCUGAUGUCCCCUUCUGCAUCGUAAAUUCAUGAUCACAUGACUUUGGAUAUGGACGCGGUCCUGUCCGACUUUGUCCGUUCUACUGGAGCUGAACCUGGACUGGCCAGAGACCUGCUAGAGGGCAAGAACUGGGACCUCUCAGCUGCAUUGAGCGACUAUGAACAGCUGAGACAAGUGCACGCCGGUAACCUGUCAUGCACCUUUACAGAGGAGAGAGAGUACCCCACUGUUGAUAAGGAGAUGGCUCGGAUGGGGCGGCCCCUCUUGCAUCGCCAAGAUGAGGUUUGGCAAGCAGCCACAGAGAAGCGCUUGUCGAGGGGGAUUUCCCAUGCCAGCUCCACCAUCGUCUCUCUGGCCCGUUCGCACGUGUCCUGUAUGGGCGGCAUCAACGAGCCACUUCUCGACACUCCGCUCUGCACCUUCCAAUUACCCGACCUCACCGUCUUCAGAGAUGACUUCCGCGGCUUCAUUGAAAGAGACCUCAUUGAGCAGUCAAUGAUGGUGGCGUUGGAGCAUGCUGGCCGGCUAAACUGGUGGACUCAUUUGGGGACUGGCUGUCAGAGCUUAUUGCCUCUGGCUACUAGUGGCGAUGGGAAUUGCCUGUUACAUGCAGCCUCUCUGGGUAUGUGGGGCUUCCAUGAUCGAGACCUGAUGUUGCGGAAGUCUCUCUAUGCGCUGAUGGAUCAUGGGCAGGAAAGAGAGGCUCUAAAGCGCAGAUGGAGAUGGCAGCAGACCAUGCAGAACAAAGAGUCAGGGCUGGUGUACACGGAGGAAGAGUGGCAAAAAGAGUGGAAUGAGUUGUUGAAGUUGGCGUCUAGUGAACCCAGGAUACACUACAGCACCAACGGCAGCAACGGUGCUGAGUCGCAAGAGGAGCCGGUGUAUGAGAGUCUGGAGGAGUUUCAUGUGUUCGUUCUGGCUCACGUGCUCCGCAGACCGAUUGUGGUGGUGGCCGACACCAUGCUGCGAGACUCUGGGGGAGAAGCUUUUGCACCAAUCCCAUUUGGAGGGAUUUACCUGCCCCUGGAAGUAGCAGCCAGCAAGUGUCACCGCUCCCCUCUUGUUCUGGCAUAUGACCAGGCCCAUUUCUCAGCCCUGGUCUCAAUGGAGCAGAAGGACAGUUCAAAAGAACAAGUGGUUAUCCCAUUGACAGACUCAGAUCAUAAGAUGCUGCCUUUGCACUUUGCUGUGGAUCCAGGGGAAAACUGGGAGUGGGGCAAAGAUGACAACGACAAUGUGAUGCUAGCAAGUGUAACACUAUCUCUGGAGGCCAAGCUCCAUCUGCUACACAGCUACAAGACUGUCACUUGGCUUCCUCUACCAUGUGAGGUACAGCAAGCUCCACUUGCCCAGCCAGAGUCACCUACAUCUGCAGGAGAGGAUGCCCGCACCCCUCCAGACUCUGGAGAGUCCGAUAAGGAGUCAGUCAGCAGCAGUUCCAAUGGCAAUGGAGACAGCAGUACUGCUGGAACCAGUUGGGGACCAGGCAAAACAAGUGGUGGAACUUCCAGUUCUUCUAGCUCAUCCAGUAACAGCUCGACAGGGCUGACCGGCACAAUUGGCAAGGAGAAGGGCAAGAAAGACAAAGACAAGGAUAAGGACAAGAAACGCGCAGACUCUGUUGCCAACAAGCUGGGCAGCUUUGGCAAAAGCCUGGGCAGUAAGCUGAAGAAGAAUGUGGGAGGACUGAUGACAGGGAAGAAUGCAAGUGGGAGUGGAGGCAAACUGGAGGGCCAGGAAAAGAUGAAAGGCUGUCUGAGAGGUACCAAGGGCAGUAAAGAUAGCUCUCCCUCCAUUCAGACCGGCUCUGAGGACUCAGGGAAAGGGUCACCCUCCUCAAACAGCGAGCGUCAAAAUGGAAACUGCUCUUCCGAAGGUGACCCUUUCAAGUACAGUUCAGAUGUGAAGGUGAGUCUUAGCAUCCUCCGAUCUACCAUGCAAGGUGAGAGAAAGUACAUCUUUGCUGCUGUACUCACUACCAGCAACCGGCAGCCAUUCCAGGAGGAGAUGAUCCAGCGCUACCUGUUGGAUGCAGAGGAGCGAUUUCGCGCAGAGCAGGAGCAGAGGAGGGAAGCUGAACGCAAAGCUGCGGGUGGUCUUGGAACGACCGGUGGAUCCCAAUUAAAAAAGGAUGGUCUGGAUCUGAGUUACCGAGGUUUUGAAGGCAAGGAGGAAGCUACUGAUAACUCCCCUCCUAACUUCAGUGCUUUGCAGUCCUCCUCUUUCAGCCCAGCCAUGUACUCUGGUGUUGUCCCCAUACCAAGGCCUACCAUCAUUGAUCAUUCUCCUUCCCCAAUCACCCAACAUCUGCAUAUGCGUGGAUACAUGGAUACUCGACGGCAACUUGCAGGAGGAUCACCAUCCUCUUACCCUGGCCUGCCAUCCUAUGCUACCCUACCCCGACACUGCCCCCUAGCACAGGGUCCUCCCCAUACCCAGUGCCAUCCACCUUCCACCACUUUGGGGAGCCCGUCCCGUAUCACUCCCUGCCUGACAUCUUUUUCUCAGGAGCAUGACCCAACUGAAUACCCUAACAAACCAACCAGGGGAGGGUACACAAAUGGCUUGCGGGACUUCCCCUCUAAUUUGGACAGUCACAAUGGGCCAAUGCCAGUGAGACAUUAUUCCUUAGGCAGUGCAGGUGGCCUGGCCAAUCUGCAGUCAAGCAGAUGCAGAACACCUUCCUGCAAUUACUAUGGUCACCCAGAGACGGGCAACUACUGCUCGUACUGCUACAGAGAGGAGCUGAAGAAAAGGGAAACAGAGCCAGCCAUUCACAGGUUCUGACUAGACAGCCGGUUCUGUUUUCUCUUUGAGAUGAGAUCAGCCUUUCCGAACCGGGUUACUGAGACUCCGUGAGUAAGGGGACAAUGGCGAUUGGCCGUGGUGGAACUGGGACUGCUGUUGUGUUACAUUUGCUGUGGCUCAUAGGCAGGAGCUUUAAGCUCCUCCCACAUUUGCUUUGUUGUGGUCAUCCUCUUAGCUGUCUCCUCUAGUGGCGAGAAUGUAAAGCACAGGCAAAUAGACAUUGGAGCACAAUGUGCUUCCUUGCAUCACACAAACAUGCGUAUACCCCAAAAAUACACAUUAAGCACAACCAGAAAAUGCUUAUGAGCUGCAUUUGUAUAAAAUAAUAGACAUUUAGAGAUGGUAUCGGAUUUCAGCUGCAAUCGUUAUAAAAUUUGCUAUAUUGCAGUUUUUAAGUCAACAAUACAAUGUCAACUGAAAGUGAGCGCGUUCCACGAGGGCUCAUUUGUUUCAUGCUCUAAUACUUUAACCUGCACCCCUUUUGAAGACAUAACCAGCUGGCUUAAAUUAGCUGUCUUCAGAAAUGGUGCUUUCUUGCUUCUAAGAUGUUCAGCUUGAACCUUGACAGCUAAAGGUUUUGCUUUAGAUCUCUCUCACUCCAUCACACAUAAUGUCUAUAUUAUAAAUUACUGUUGUUUACGUUCUAUUAUAUGAAGCCCCUUAGAGGACAAGGAAGGAAUUUAUUUUAUGAAAACAAAUACAAUUACUGAUUCCCCUUUGCAAUAGUUUUGCAUUCCCGUGCAGUUUUGGGUUCACUCGCAAAGCUUUAUCCAUACCUAACGAAAAGGAACUAUUCUUUUACUACAUUAUCUGUAGUACUACGGUAUUUGGUGGGAAGAAUGGUUUUAAAAAUCAUGGUACGUGUACCACAAAUGAAUCGUGGUGUAACUGUAGUAAAACAGUUGUUUUUGUUUUCUUCAGAAUGAUUGAAGAUUGUAUUUUUACUAUAGUUUUACUACAAAUAUCAUUGUUGAAAUAUGGUUACUGUAGUAAAACCAUGGUAAAUUAAUUUUCAUGAGGGAUGUAUUAAGCUAUUGGAACGGAACCCAAAAUAAUUGUAAGGUAACGCGUAACAUUGCAAAGAGACGCAAACCUUUUUGUAAGAAAACACAAACUAUUGCGAACAGAAACAGAAGAAGUGAAGAAAGUGUUUAAGUGCAAAACCUUUUAAAUUAGAUCCAAGUUGAUGCCCUUCAUCAAGGACAGUCAUUAUUAUUGUCCAUAGAAGAUAUGAUGAUUUGCAUAGUCCCAUCCUAAUGUUAAUACAUGGGAUGAGCACCAAGUCCCCAUUUUUUAGGAAUGGUACAUUGUUCAGUAUUUAUACUGAAGUAUUAUACUAAUAAAUUAGCUCUAGUCAAGCAAGUUACUGACAGGUCAAAAGAGCCCAAUAUUGAAAACAAUUUCUGACAUCUUAGAAGUAAGCUCCCUUUAAAUGUUACUGCUUCAAAUAAAACAGGAUGUUCCUUGAUAUCAGGCUACCCUCAAAUUCCCAGGACAUAUUCCAUUGCAUAAAGACAUCGCAUUUUUGCCCCAUAUACUUAUGACGGAGCAGUCGGUAGACUUUGCUGCACAAAUUCAAGCACUUUUCUUGUGACCAGAGGUUGAACGUGUAAGAUUGUGGGUUUAAGACGUGACAAUGAUAAGACAGACAUGUUGCUGUCCUUCUUGUCUGGCUAUCAUACAGCGAUUUGCUCCAUUCUAGAGCUUGCAGUUUCCUCUUGUGGACUGCGGAGGUCAGGGUUUGGCUUUAGGUGCCACUGUGUUGCGUGCAAGCUCACUUGUUUCCUAGUUGCCUUUACAGUCUUAGUUCAAUCCUUCAGGGGAUUGAUGAACUGAAUUUCUACUUUUGUUUGUUUUUGAGUUCACAGUGCUGAUUAUAGUGUUGUCAAAAUACGUGGACAUUUGAGAUCUCUCGGGAUCUAAACUGACAAAUUAUUUUAUGACAAACGUGACCUUUCAAAAAUCCUGUUAUGCCGUUAACAGACAGUACAGCCUUUGUUAAAGCCAGCUAGUUGUUAAAGGGUUCAUUCACCUAAAAAUGAAAAUUCGAUCAUCAUUUACUCACUCAUGUAAUUCCAUGUAAAUAUGUAUGACUUUUUAAAAGCACCAUUAAUGUGGUUCAUACGACUCAUGCAUUAUUGACACAAGUCUUCUGAAGCCGUAGGAUAGCUAUGUAGGGAUGAUCAGUUGCUAUUCAAUGAAAAUCUUCCCUUCCGCCAUAGCUCUCAAGUCUCAUUCAUAUAGUAUAUUCAUAUACUCUAUAUUUAGCAAGAUUUUCAGGUCUGUCAUUUCUUCUUAGGACUUGAACGUUUGUGCACAAGUUGAAUGAACUACAUUUAUGGUGCAUUUUUGUGCAAAAACUAUUCAUUUGCAUUGCCUGGACAUUAUGUUAAUCAUUCUUUACCUAUUGAAACAACAUGAGGGUGAGUAAUUGAUGACAGAACUUUAUUUUUGAGUGAACUAUUCCUUUUAACUGAAGUGACAACUCUCAUUGCUCAUGUGAAAUGGGCUCAAUGUUGCUGCUGUUAUCAUGUUCAUUUGAAAAGCUGAUGUUGGUAGCUGUUAGUGUACUGCACUGGUGGUAGAUUCUCCCACCUUUAAAACAUUCAAUACAAAUGUAGUCAGUCGUAUGCAAAUAUGUGUAUAACUCUGUCAGCUCAAGGCCACAUCACUUGUUAAAUGUUUCAACAUUUGCAUGAUGAAUUAUACAGUUCUAUAUGAUAGGCUAGUAUGCUAACACAAUUUACUAACCUACAACAUACCUCUUUGUGUGGUUUGUACCUAUACCGAUCAGCCAUAACAUUAAAACCACCUGCCUAAUACUUUGUAGGUCCCCCUCGU